AUGGAUCUGGGGCUCCGGGGUCGCCGGGCGCUGGUCACCGGCGCGGGCAAAGGUGCGCGGUGUCCUGGGGUGGAGCCCGUGUGCGUGGACCUGUCGAGCUGGGAGGACACGGAGCGGGCGCUGGGGCGCGUGGGCCCCGUGGACCUGCUGGUGAACAAUGCGGCCGUGGCCCUCAUACAGCCCUUCCUGGAGGUCACCAAGGAGGCAUUGGACGCGUCCUUCGGGGUGAACCUGCGAGCUGUCAUCCAGGUCUCCCAGAUCGUGUCCAAGGGCAUGAUCGCCCGGGGCGCCGGCGGGGCCAUCGUGAACGUGUCCAGCCAGGCCUCCCAGCGCGCGCUGGCCAACCACAGCGUCUACUGCUCCACGAAGAGCGCCCUGGACAUGCUGACCAAGGCAAUGGCCCUAGAGCUUGGGCCUCACAAGAUCCGGGUGAACGCGGUCAACCCCACGGUGGUCAUGACGGCGAUGGGCCGGGCCAACUGGAGUGACCCUCAGAAGGCCCAGGGUAUGCUGAGCCGCAUCCCACUGGGCAGGUUUGCUGAGGUGGAGAAUGUAGUGGACGCCAUCCUCUUCCUGCUGAGUGACAGAAGCAGCAUGACCACGGGGUCCACACUGCCGGUAGACGGGGGUUUCCUAGCCAGCUGAGCCUCCCAGCUCCAUGCUGAGACCACCCUCGACCUCCUGGUACACCUGACUUCCCUGCUAGCGUCUGGCCGGCAACAGACAGACACCCAUCCAAUCCGCAAUCCAGGUGACCUGAGAGCUGCAGGCCUGGCAGGAACUGGAUAGGACCUCCCAGAAAGAAAGAUGGUCCCUAAAGGGAGUGCUGAAUUUGACCCAGAAUGACCUUUGGCCUUAUAGAGCUGCAGAUUGCUCAUAAACUAGCUGUGUGAUUCUGAUGUUAAGGUUCAUCUUCCUUCCAGUUAAUAAGUAACAUAAAUCAAGCAAGAAUGAAAUAUAUCAAACCACUAGUUUGCCAAUGACCCAA